AAAGUGUGUGGCAAUUUGACUUCUAGGUCAAACCGGUCAAUUUACAGUCAGUGUUGCAAGUCUUUUGUCAUAUCCUACCAGUUCUCAGUUUUCAUUCUAUUAACAUGUAUUCUGAUCGUCGUGUAUCCCUAGAUAUAGCACCGCUUGCUAGCUGGGAUUCUUGUUCCGACGAUGAGAAAACGGUUGUUGUGUUAGUCGGUCUUCCUGCUCGUGGGAAGUCAUAUAUAUCUACCAAGCUUUCAAGGUACCUAAAUUGGGUUGGAAUUAAUACACGAGUUUUCAAUGUUGGAGCUUAUCGUCGACUUCAAAUGAAAGAUUACAAUGACCAUAGUUACUUUUCCGACGAAAAUAAUGAAGGCGUAGCACUCAGACAAAAAAUUGCAUCGGAAGCAUUGGAUGACUUAAUCUCCUGGUUAACAUCAGAUGUUGGCAGGAUUGCCGUCUUUGAUGCGACAAAUACAACACGAGAGCGUCGGUUAUGGAUAAUGGAACGGUGUAAAACGCAUAAUUUUCAAGUUAUAUUUGUCGAGUCGAUUUGUAAAGAUAAAAAUUUAAUUCAGGAGAAUGUUUUGGAAGUAAAAGUCAACAGUCCUGAUUACAAAAGUAUCGAUAAAGAAGAAGCGUUAAAAGAUUUUCUUAAACGUAUUGAACAUUAUGAGAAGCGGUACGAAUCAAUUGAUGAUGAUUUGGAUAAGGAUUGGUCGUAUAUUAAAAUAUUUGAUCAAGGCAAACGAUAUCUAGCCAAUCGUAUUGAAGGUAAUAUCAACAGUCGAAUUGUCUAUUAUUUAAUGAAUAUUCGUGUAAACAAACGUACCAUUUAUCUGACACGACACGGUGAAACAGAUCUCAAUAUUCAUGGUCGAAUCGGUGGAGAUGGGAAGCUUUCUGAAAGGGGUGAACUAUAUGCUAAAAAACUUGCAGCAUUUAUGGAACAAGAAAAGUUAGAAAAUCUUAAAGUUUGGACAAGUCAUUUUAAGCGUACUAUUCAAACUGCUGAACAUAUUCAAUGUUCACAGAUGUGUUAUUGGAAAGCAUUGGAUGAAUUAGAUGCUGGUGUUUGUGAUGGUAUGACCUAUGAAGAGAUUCAUAAAAAAUAUCCUGACGAUUUUGCACGACGUGAUGACAAUAAAUAUUAUUAUCGUUAUCCAAUGGGUGAAUCAUAUCAAGAUUUGGUGACACGUCUAGAGCCAGUAAUUAUGGAAUUAGAACGACAAACAUCAGUUUUGGUUAUUUGUCAUCAGGCUGUAGCACGUUGUUUACUUGCCUAUUUUGAAGAUAAAAACAAGGAUGAACUACCCUAUAUUCAUGUUCCAUUACAUACUGUAUUCAAAUUAACACCGACUGCUUAUCGUUGUAUAGUUGAACGUGUAAAAUUGAAUGUACCAGCUGUAGAAACACAUAGGAUGAAACCAGAGAACACUAAAACAACACAUUCUUCAUUUGAAGCAAUGAAAACUGUUCCAGCUGAAUAUUAAUUUUUAUGAUCAAUCAAAAGAUCUCUCUUUAGAAGAUGAUUGAUUUGUCUAUUUUUGUAAAUAAAAACAAACAAAUUAUUUAUAAAUGUCCAAUAUUGAAUAAUGUGUAGUAAGUGUUUAUCACUUUUUCUCUUUUAUUUAUUUAUUGCCGUUUUUUUCUUUGUUUAUUGUUCUAUUCUGUUUCCAUGUUCAAUACCUUAUUGCUUACCUACCCAAUGUACUGUUGUCGUUGUUGUUGUUGUUGUUCGUCUUUUUUAAUCUUAUGGAAUGAAUCAAAUUUCAUGAAAACAACUUAAUGUAGUAUAUAUUUUGUAUGAGACUCUCAUUUAUGGGAUAACCUUUAAGUCACGCUAAAGUGACUAUAAAUGUAGUUCAUCUUACUCAUUUUAUGACUAAAUUGAGGAUUAUAAAUCAUGGUUAAAGAAUGACAAAUAUAAUUGAUAGUUGAUAGUUAAAGGUUAUGAAUUAGAUUUUGGGGUUUUAUCACAAAAAGUGAUAUUGUAUUGAACAGAACACGGGUGAGGACAAUCGAAUGAAUUUAGUAUACAAAUUACAGAGUUACUUGGUAAAAUAGAAAAACUAAAUACUACAUCGUUAAUUUGCAAAAUAUCAUUCCAUUAUAUCAAACUGGACUGUUGCUAUUGCAAUCAUCAUCAAUCCAUUGUCUCACAUUUCAUGAUUUAUGCGUUUUCAUACAAAUUGCAUUGCGUUCCCUCUCUUCCUUUGUUGAUCUUUCCCCAUUUUCUGCUGCCCAGACAUUACGUUCUUGAACUCGCGUCAUAUACUACUUAUAUCAAUAUAAGUAGCACAUACCACAAUAUCAGUUAUGAUGCUAACAUUCUAUUUAGCUAAAUGGUUGUGUGAAUGUCACGCCAAAAAUCCAAGAUCUGUUAUCUUAUACCAUGAUUGAUUUGUCCAUCAUAUAUAAUCUUGCCAGUAUUUUUUGUCUGUGUGUUAUUGUUUAGUUUUAUUUAGUUAAUUCAUUUAAUGAUAUAAAGGUUUCAUUGUAAUUAAACUAUUGAAUUUCAUAAAACAUUUUGCAUAACCAUUAAAUAUCUGGUUUAAUUAUUGAAAGAUCAGUUAUAAACAAUAAUGAUUAUAUAAUAAAUGAUACAUGUAUGUAUAGGUGUUAUGUGUGUGUGUGUAUGUGUGUUCGUGUAUGUAGUUGUUAUGUUCAGUUGGCAUUUUAUCUUAUUCUACGUCAGAGAAUGUCUUCAUUUAUUCUCGUUUUUUUCUUGUUUUGUUUUGUUUUUGUUCAAUCCUUAUUUCAUUUGCUUUAAUCACUCAACAGUUUAAUGUUCUGUUUGUACAGUAACAUACUUUCCGAUUACUUCUCUUUUUUUGGGUGGGGGGGGUAUUAGUGUUUUCCUUUCUCCAGUUUAGUCAUAGUUUGAAACUCCGAAAAAAAAUAAUGUAUUAUUAUUAAAAUUAUUGCCUUUAUUCAAUGUUAUAUUUUUGGUACAGUAUUAGAAUUCUCAACACAACGUAUUUCAACAAGUCUCCAUUUCUUACUUCCUAAUUGAUCCUGACGACCAAUAUUUGAGUGAUUGUCAGUUAGAUGUCGGCAGUUCGGGAAUCGACAUUUGAAUAAUGUAUAUUCUUUUCGAUGCAUAUCACCAGCAACUAUGAUGUCUCUGAUUGGGUUUUCUUGUAACUUGUACAACGAGAUGGUGUAAACUUUUCAUAAACGCACCUGAUUAGGUUAUGCGAUGAAUAGACAUAAUGAUGAGAUGGUGGUUGGAGGUAGUCGACAGGAAACCCUGGACCCGGGUUUCGUGCUACUUGGCACUCGCUAGCAAGGUGUACCUGUAACCUUGAGGAAACUGGUGCUCCCUGGCGGAUUCAACCCCGUGUCACCCAUCUUCACAGUCAGAGACGUUACCACUGAGCUAUCCGAGCCGCGACCGACCUCCUGUAGGACUGAGAUGUAACCACAAUUGCUUGGUCACUGGGUGUUGAUCAAUUUUAUGUGUGUCAAGUCCUUAUUAGUGCAGAUUGAAUGCUAUCGACCAUGUUGCAAUGUGGCCACCAGUCUAGAUGACUCGACACUGCGUGCACUAUUGAAAGAUUAGAUGGUAGUUGGAGGUAAUCGACAGGAAACAAACAAUCAAUAAAACAGAUAACUUAUUAAAAUAUCUAGAUGACAGGAACAGGUAGUUCAGAUAUUCAAACAGGCCACCUUAGAUUGUAUGGAUAGAAUCAGUAUAAACUAUUUUAAUGUGUUAAUUCAAAGUUUUAUAAGGUGAUUAAAUAUAUAUUUUUUUUCAACCAACUCAUAAACUUACACUUUAAUAAAUGUCAUUUGAUUGUAGUAUAAAGAAUUGAAUGUGAUUACGUAAUAAUAAUAAUAAGAAGAACAAGAACUGCCUCAGGUUAUAUGCUUGAUGAUGGUAACAAUCAUGAUUUCAUAAGCACUUAGUAUACAUUCACUUGGUAUUGUUUUACUUGAAUCUUCCCAUUGAUGUUUUUGGACUGAAAUUGAUCAGUCUCUUAUUGGCAUAUGUGCAUACUGUGCGUAUACCUCGAUAUUGCCUUGAUUUACAAACAUUAUAAGCAAAGAUGGUUAGUGGCUAGCAGUGGAAUCCAGGACGCGCGUUUCGUCCUGUUUGGGGCUCGUCAGCUGGAGGUACCUGCAUCUCAGAGUUGAUGUUCACUCUGGGACUCGAACUCAGUACCAUUCGGUUCAAACGCCAUCGCUUUAUCCACGAGUCCCAAACAGGACGAAACGCGCGUCCUGGAUUCCACUGCUAGCCACUAUCCAUCUUUUCUUAUAAUUUAGUAUACAGUUUGAUAAUCAAUGAUUGAGAAUUUUGAAUAGACCAUUGAAUACAAACUAUACCUAACCCAGAAACUCGGUCUACAUGUUUUCAUAUCACUAUUUAUGAAAACAAUUGAAAAUAUUACAGAUAUAGUUAAAUAUCAUUGUAAACUUUUCAUAAACGUACCUAAAUAGGUUAUAAGACUGAUAGUGAUAAUCAUGUGUUAAAACAAAAAUAAAAAAGAAAACAAAUAACUUGUUGAAACAUCUAGAUGACAGGAAUAGGUAGCUCAGAUAUUCAAGUAGGCCUCUAAUCAGAAUCUUAAUGCACAGAUAUUGGAUUAUUAUUACUGUUAUUGUUAUUGUGCCCCCAAAUGCCCUGGUAUGGCCGAGAGUGGGGUGGACCCGCCAUCCCUCUUGAAAUGCUCUCACAUGGCCACGUGCAUACAUCCACUGACAGGGGAGUCUUACUCACUGACUUCUCGUGGCAUUACUGUUGUUUACGAAAUUGAGAGGACGAAAAGCGAAUGUCCGGCGCUUUAACCGGAUCCCAAACCAAUGGUGCACAUGGGCUCCAGUAUCCUGCGGGAACAAAUGGCGUAUGAACCAAUCGUUGGUCACCGGCUACCAUGGGAAUGCAUCUCCUGACGUUGCUCCACUGCCUUGUGGGUCAGACCUUUAGGUCCAAGGCUCAAGGUGUGGCCUCCUAAGAUAACCACCUGCUUUGGUCUGAGCACCCGGGCAGUAUCACAGCCCACACACAAAUAUAAUGAAAAUGUGUGGCGCAUACAUAUUUGGUGCCCUUUUGAACCAAUAUUUAUGUGUUUAAAUAAGAAUAAAUAAAUAAAACUUAUGCCAAUCUGGGCCAUCUUUGGCGCCUUCAUGAUGUUAGUCUGGCUGUAAAAGGUCGGAUCUACAACGCGUCGGUGAGAGCAGUUUUGCUCUAUGCUUGUGAAACCUGACCUCAUCGAGUUGAGGAUGUUAGACGACCCCCUGUGUUUGAUCAUCGUUGUCUCCGAACGAUUACUGACAUCUAGUGGCAACUCCAUGUUAGUAAUGCAGAGGUUCUGUAUCGUGUGUUUGGGCACAAUUGAUGUCACUAUCUUGAAACACCGACUUUAGUGUCUUGGACAUGUUCUACGAAUGUCUCCACAGAGAAUUCCAUGUCGUGCAUUAUUUGGCGACGCUGGGAUAAGUCGGAAAAAACAGAGGUGUUGUCAGUGUUUGACAUGGUGUCGUACAGGACUGACUUCUGUCAGUCCUUCACUUCUCCUUGGUUGGUGUCUUAUAGAUGGUGCUACACAGUGGCUAUAGACACUAUCAGAUAUGGUUCAGAAUAGAAGCCAGUGGCCAUCCUGCUGUAACCUUCUUUUACUUUCUUCAUAAAAAGUGGUUGCUUCUUCCUUAACUGAAAGAUUUCUUGUGAUUGUACCUUUUCGUUCCCUCAUUAUUACUAUUAUUAUUAUUACACUACCUUAUACUAAUCUGUUCGUUAUUGUUCUUUUUUUCUUACACUCCUUACCUUCUUUUCUUCUCUUCGAAUUCUCAUUGUUUUGUGUGGCGCCUAUAUAUUUCGUGCCCUCUUGUAACAAUAUUUAUGUGUUCAAAUAAAUAAAUAAAAUAUUAUUAUUAUUAUAAAAACAACCAAUCUCCAAUUUUGUUUUUAUAAUUCAAAUGAAUAUUUUCGCUGUAAACACGAAACAAAAUUGAUCACUAUAUAAUAUCAGGUGUUCCCAUAAUAAGUAUAUUGUAACCAAUACAGCGUAGAAAUGUUUAUUUCCAAGGAUUAUGCUGAUUUAUUGUAGAAACUAAAGUGAAUUAACUCACAAUAGCAAAUGUGAAUAUUCAACUCGAACUAAUUGAAAGUAAUCACUACAAAGAUCUCGUUAACUGACAUUUAUCAACACUAUAUCUGUAUAGUGCUGAAGAAAUUGAUACUCUGUGUAGAACUUGGACCUACGUACUCAGUGGCAUAAUUAACAAAAUGUUAUUAUUGAGCUAUUCAGGUUAUUAUUGUUGUGACUUUAUGACCCGCUAGUUAUCACAUAAUCUAUUCGCCAAUCAAAAUAUGACUUAUUCGCUCUUAUACUGUACUAAACCAAUGACGUCCGACCGGUCUAAUUAGCCUAGCGUCCUGUUGGUCAGUUGCUCGCCUAGUCCGUCCAGCUGAGUCCAGAAUGCCAAAAACAGCCUCCACUAUGGGAAUUAUUUAUUUCAGACAUACUGAGUUUAUAUACCAAACAAACAGACUGCGACGCAGCGUAAAAUAGGCAAUAACGUUCAUACACAGUAACGCCAAAAUGUGGCUAUGAACGUGGAAGGCAGUAGUCAAUAAACUCAACAUAGCUUAAGAACGGUCAAUCGUACAAUAAUAAUCUAUAGGUCAAAAUAAAGCUUAUAACAAGGGGAAUAUAGAUAUACAUAAUGUAGUUACUGAAUAUUUACAAUAUAAUAAUAUAUAAAUAAUAUUGGUACAUUAAUAGGUCUCAGACGUUACCCGUGAUAAUCUUCGUCUUCUAAUAUCGUUACCCGUAAUGUAAUCUUCACUAGGAUAUAACAACUAUCGAAUAUCAUUAAUAAAAUGGUAUAAACGAUGUUGAAUGACUUAAACUAGAAGUCACUUUCCGACUUGAUUGAUAGAAUAUUAUCAGAAUUAAACAUGCAUGACAUUAGUCACUAUUUGUACGACCACUAAUAUCCCAUGACAUUAAUCAAUAUUUAUUAUAUAUUUCUAUUUGAUAUAAAAAUACUGGUAUAGAGCUGGACACUAAAAUAAAUAUACAUCACAUGAAUCAAAUAAGAGACGAUAGGAGUAUAAUAAACAAAAACAUCGUUAAUCAACGAGAACAAUAUGUAGCGCAAAUAGUUUAGUUAAAAUAUAAGGUCGAUUUACUAAAGAAUUGUCACAGACUUUUGUUACAUCUGAAACCAUGUCGAUGAUUCUAACUACACAGAUAUGUAGAAUAUAUAUAUAGUGUUACAGGAGAACUGGAAAUACUUUACUGGUUAAAAACUGUACAAUUGUCAGCUUAUUGAAUGUUUAGUUGAAUGAUCGUGUAUAUUUAGAGCCUAUUAUAAGAUGAAGUUGAUCAAUCAUCUUCCUUAAUAUUGGGUUGCCCUUUCGAAAGUUCGAAAGAAAUCCUAGCUAAUGAAUAGUUUACAAUUUGCAAUGUGUAUUGUAAUAAACACUGAGAGCAUAUUGUAAACUCUUUGUUAAC